CGCAGGGCGGUGUACGUGGCCCUCGCGGCGCGCACGCGUUUUUUCUCCUCGUCUCCCGGUUCCGAGCGGCAGCGGCUGCGGCGGCUUUUCCUUCCUACACCUUCGCUCACUCACUCGGUCACAGUUAUGUUCCGAGUCGCGCUCAGGUACAGCGGCACAGGCCUGGCCGCCUGGAGGCGGACGGCAUUAGCGGUCCCCGGCCGAGGGCACCCAGCAGCUGCCCUGGUUUCACGCUGGUAUUCACAUGGCAAACAUGAAACCGAUGAGGAGUUUGAUGCUCGUUGGGUGACAUACUUCAACAAGCCUGACAUUGAUGCCUGGGAGCUCCGAAAAGGAAUGAACACCCUUAUUGGAUAUGAUCUUGUACCGGAACCCAAAAUUCUCGAUGCUGCUCUGAGAGCGUGCCGUAGGUUAAAUGAUCUAGCUAGUGCAAUUCGCAUCCUAGAAGCAGUAAAGGACAAAGCUGGCCCACACAAAGAUAUCUAUCCUUACGUUAUUCAAGAGCUCAGGCCUACGUUGACUGAACUGGGUAUUCCAACCCCAGAGGAGAUUGGUUUAAACAAGUUAUAAUGUUCUACCUGAUGGUUUUCAGACCUUCGUCCAUUGUGAUUGUACAUGAUGCAAGAUGCAACCUAAAAUAUUACUUUAUUGAACGUUUAAAGUUUGUUCUGUCACAUGCAUUAUGCCUACCUGUGAACUUAAUUCAAUAAAGAAUGGGAUUAAACACUUA